CAUCACGAGCGGGCCCCAGAAGUCUUCUCUUUUAACAUCUGUCCGCCGACAGGAACCCUCAAUCAUCUACCGGCUAUGCGCAGCUCGGACCGCGAAUUUCGACUUUUGGAUCUUCUACCUGGCGUUGGAGAUGAAGCCAUUCGAUGCGCAACCCGUGUAGUCAGCUUAGACCGGCAUCCGGACUAUGAAACUAUGUCGUACGUUUGGGGAGACCGCAGAGAAGAGAAGGACAUCGAAGUUUCUGGCAAUCCUGUACCAAUUACGGAAAAUCUAUACGCUGGCUUACUACGCCUUCGAUAUUCGACGAAAAAGCGCACAUUGUGGAUCGAUCAAAUAUGCAUCAAUCAGUGGGAUCUGGAAGAGAAGGCGGCCCAGGUAGCUUUGAUGAGAGAUAUCUACAGAAAGUGCACAAGAUGUGUCACAUGGAUGGGCGACCUCGAAAGAGACGGUUAUGAAGUCCAAAUUCGCGAUGCUGAGGCUGUGUUUGACUUCCUACGACAAGUCGCCGCGGCAAAGAUCAUCCCCUUGGCUGGCUUACCAGUUCUUUUCCAGCAGUCAGAUGAGGGUUCAGCUGCGCGAAGAGCUUUCGAAAUGUUUUCUAUGUAUGGCAAUCCCUGUGCACGUUCUUGCGAUUAUACUAUCGCCGCACCUCGACUUUUUGCAAAAGUCACGCUAGAUCUGAUCAAGUACGAAGGUGGCCUAAGAUCGUUGUUGGGUGCUUGCGAAAUGCCACACAUAACGCCCAAUGCCCCUACUUGGGCCAUUGAUUUCGCGUGUUGCAAUCGUAUUGGCAAGCGCCAAUUGAAAUGGUGGGGCCACUCACAUCGAUACAAAGUCUUUUCUGCAAGUAGAGACAACGAACUGCAGGUGUUCAAUUCUCUCGGAGAUGAAGUGCUUGGGUUAAGCGGAAUCAAUGUCGAUGCAGUGCUAGAUACAAGCGAGCUUCUACGUGUCGAUGCUCAAGACGCGAUCUACCUCCAUGAUCUGCGCGAGCCUCUAGCGAAUUGCAUUCUGCUGAUCGACCAGUAUCGAGCGUCCCAGUAUGGUUCUCAGGUCUACAAAGACGGUUUGACGUGGGAUUCUGCAUUUUGUAGAACUCUAGUGGGGGAUCUGAUCAUGGACGAACUACCUCUCGACAGGAUUGGAUCAUAUGGUCGUACAAGACUGCAAGCCGACUUUACACACCUUUGGCAUAUGCGAAAGCAGGAACACGACGUGUUCCCCGAUCUUUACGAGUCACUGGUAGGGAUGAUGGAGAACCAAACCUUCUUCAUCACGAAGUCAGGUUACAUCGGCAUUGGCCCGCCGCAAAUCAAGCCCGGAGAUCAAGUGUGGGUCUUCAAUGGAGGAAAUGUACCAUUCGUGAUGAGAAAAAUCAAGAAGGAAGCGGAAGAUUGUCCACAAUUGGCAUUGGUUGGUGAUGCAUACGUACAUGGCAUCAUGGAUGGAGAAGCUCUGAACGACGAGCCGCAUGUGCAGACUGUCUGUGUUCACUAA